AUGGUGAAAAUCAAGGUGAAUAGUGAAGAGCUACAGGAGGAGCUCUCUAAAUUGGAACGUGAGAGGGAAAGAGAUGUUGGGAUGCGACCACCACUCUCUGACUUCUGUUUCCGUGGCUACGGCGGCGUCACUUCCGGGACGGGCGCCCAUCUCGCGCUGGGCGGCCGUGUUGCUCUGCCGGGUCCCUUCCUGUCGCGAAUGGGAAUAUGGUUAUGGAGUGACCCUGCAAUGGACGAAGCAUUUGCAGACAGCCCAGAGAAGCUUACUGUCAUCCAUUCAAAAGCUCACAGAGAUACAAUUCUGGCUAACUUUGAAGAUCAGAGGAAGAAAGACUUUUUAUGUGAUAUCACUUUAAUUGUAGAAAAUGUUCACUUUAGAGCACAUAAAGCAUUACUUGCUGCCAGCAGUGAAUAUUUCUCCAUGAUGUUUGUUGAUGAGGGAGAGAUAGGCCAGUCUAUCUAUAUGCUGGAAGGGAUGGUGGCAGAUGCUUUUGGUGCCCUGUUGGAAUUUAUCUACACAGGCUAUCUGCAGGCUAGUGAAAAAAGUACAGAGCAAAUAUUGGCCACUGCUCAUCUCCUCAAAGUGAAUGACUUAAUAAAGGCAUACACAGACCAUCAAAAGAGUCAUAGUCUGAAUAAUACGCUAUCUGCUGCGCCUAACAAUGGAGCCACUGUUGUUGUUUUUGUGGAUGACACAAAAAGCGAAGCUCCACCAAAGCGAAAACGAGGAAGACCAAGAAAAGUUCAGAAUAUUCUAGAGGAAAAACUGGACACACCUUCAGCUGAAGAUGCACAGCUGAGAGAGAGCAACUCAGUUCACAAUAAGCAAGAUUUUAUGAAAAAGGGUGUCAUAGAAGACAGAAAUUCCAGUGAAUUGACCACAGUAAACAAAGGUGUAGGAGAAGUUGAGCAUGCUUGCAGUUUAGAUGCUGUGGUGGCUACUGAAAAAGAUGAGAACUGUGAUCCAAAGUCCCAAAGUAUACAGGCGGGUCAGAGUCGAUACAGUAAACGCAGGAUUCGGAGAUCAAUCAAAUUAAAAGACUAUAAACUUAUUGGUGAUGAAGAGGGCAGUGGGCUGAAAAAUAGGACUGCGGGGAGAAGGAAACGUACAGGUUCUGAAGUCCAGUGCAAAGAUUGUGGGAAACUGUUUAAAUAUAACCAUUUUUUAGCUAUUCACCGAAGAAGCCACACAGGGGAACGCCCAUUUAAAUGCAGUGAAUGUGGUAAAGGGUUCUCCCAAAAACACUCCCUCCAAGUUCAUGAGCGAAUGCAUACUGGUGAACGGCCGUACACAUGUACUGUUUGCAGUAAGGCUUUAACAACAAAACACUCACUUCUGGAACACAUGAGCCUGCAUACAGGUCAGAAGGCUUUUACUUGUGAUCAAUGUGGAAAAUACUUCAGCCAGAAGAGACAACUUAAAAGUCAUUACAGAGUUCACACAGGCCAUUCAUUGCCAGAGUGUAGCCAAUGUCAUCGCAAGUUCAUGGAUGCGGCUCAGUUGAAGAAACAUUUAAGAACACACACAGGUGAAAAACCAUUCACGUGUGAAAUCUGUGGCAAGUCUUUCACAGCAAAAAGCUCUCUCCAGACUCACAUCAGGAUCCACAGAGGAGAAAAGCCAUACUCGUGUGGGAUUUGUGGGAAAUCCUUUUCUGAUUCCAGUGCCAAGAGGAGACAUUGUAUCUUACAUACUGGCAAAAAGCCUUUCUCUUGCUCAGAGUGCAGUGUGCAGUUUGCGCGCCUGGACAAUUUGAAGUCUCAUUUGAAGAUUCAUACCAAAGAAAAGCAAUUGCAGGAAGUGAACAGUGCUCCCAACAGCAAUGCUCCAGAGGACGUCAGGAACAUCCUUCAGCUACAGCAGUAUCAGUUGUCCACCACUGGUGCUCAGGAGAUCCAGCUGCUGGUUACAGAUUCAGUGCACAACAUAAAUUUUAUGCCUAGCCAUAACCAAGGUAUUAGCAUUGUCACUGCUGAUGGGUCCCAAAAUGUGAUGACGGACCAUUCUGGCAGUCUCACCCUUCUGACACAACCACCACAGCAAUUGCAGAACCUGCUUCUUUCAUCCCAGCCAGAACCAACGGACCAGAUGCAGAGUAUCAAUAUGGUGAGCGGUCAGCUGGAGCCUGCCCAGGCCGAGCAAAUGCAUGUCAUCACUCUGUCAAAAGAAGCUCUGGAACAUCUCCAUGCCAAUCAAAGUCCAGCAGAGGUGCUUCAGAUAGCAACGGGAGCAUCACAUCCAGCCCAGCAUUUGCAGGUAGCCCAAGAACUGAGUCCCUUUCGCAUUGGUCACGAUACGGUCCCUACCUCCACACAUGAGCAAAGAGCAGGCCCAAACAGUACAUGUCUCUGA